AUGAUUUCUCACCUCACACUGCAAACUUCCAGUGUUACGCCAAACCCAUUGCGAGUUCCUGUGGUGUUCGCAGCCGUUGUUCUCGUGGUGCCGCAGGUCCUCGACUAUCCGGUCAAAAGCGUUCUGUCGAACAUGAAUAUUGGCGUUGGCCGGGACCUCCUCAUCCACCGCUUGAAUUGCCAUUUCCUCAAGCCUGUGCUCGUGCCAAAGUGGACACUCGCAUGA